AUGACUACGGCCCACAGACCCACGUUCGACCCAGCUCGCGGUCGCGAAGCCCUCCGCGGCUCAACCUACCACCAAAUCACCCUCCCCGCCCACCUCCAACUCAAAUACCGGAAAGCAGGCCAGGGUGGCUCAGCCUCCGACGCCUCCAAGCGCGACCUCCGCGCUGAGCUCCUCGCCGCCGAAGAAGCCCAUUUCGCCAAGAAGAACGGUACCACCCGCCGCGCACCCACCUCACGCUCUCCCUCCCCCUCCGUCGAGGGCGAUCUCAAGAGGACCAGGGAGGAACCCGACGAAGAGGAAGAGGAAGAAGACUUGGAAGCCAAGAGGAGGAGGAUAUUAGCGGAGACGAGAGCCAUCGAUGCUGACGACAGUGACGAGGAGAGCGACGAGAGUGAGGAGAGUGAUAGCGAUGACGAUUCGGAUGCGGAGCUGCAGAGGGAGUUGGAGAGGGUGAGGAGGGAAAAGGCUGAGAGGAGAGCGAGAGAGGAAGAGGAAAGGCAGAGGGAGGAGGAGGAGCAGAAGGAGAGGGAUAUUGCGUUGGGGAAUCCGUUGUUGAAUAAGCCGGAUUUCAGUAUUAAGAGGCGGUGGGACGAUGAUGUUGUUUUUAAGAAUCAGGCGAGGGACACGGAUGAUCGGGGGAAGAAGAAGGAGUUUGUCAAUGAUAUGCUUCGAUCUGACUUCCACAGGAGAUUCAUGAACAAAUACGUCAGGUAA